CAUUGCCCUGCAGGAUCAAGCUCACUCCCUGCAGGAUCAAGUUCACUCCCUGCAGGAUCAAGUCCACUCCCUGCAGGAUCAAGUCCACUCCCUGCAGGAUCAAGUCCACUCCCUGCAGGAUCAAGCUCACUCCCUGCAGGACCAAGUUCACUCCCUGCAGGAUCAAGUCCACUCCCUGCAGGAUCAAGUCCACUCCCUGCAGGAUCAAGUUCACUCCCUGCAGGAUCAAGUCCACUCCCUGUAGGAUCAAGUCCACUCCCUGCAGGACCAAGUCCACUCCCUGCAGGAUCAAGUCCACUCCCUGCAGGAUCAGGCUCACUCCCUGCAGGAUCAAGUUCACUCCCUGCAGGACCAAGUCCACUCCCUGCAGGAUCAAGUUCACUCCCUGCAGGAUCAGGCUCACUCCCGGCAGGAUCAAGUCCACUCCCUGCAGGAUCAAGUUCACUCCCUGCAGGAUCAAGUCCACUCCCUGUAGGAUCAAGCCCACUCCCUGUAGGAUCAAGUUCACUCCCUGCAGGAUCAAGUCCACUCCCUGCAGGAUCAAGUUCACUCCCUGCAGGACCAAGUCCACUCCCUGCAGGAUCAAGUCCACUCCCUGCAGGAUUAAGUUCACUCCCUGCAGGAUCAAGUUCACUCCUUGCAGGAUCAAGUCCACUCACUGCAGGAUCAAGUUCACUCCCUGCAGGAUCAGGCUCACUCCCUGUAGGAUCAAGUCCACUCCCUGCAGGAUCAAGUUCACUCCCUGCAGGACCAAGUCCACUCCCUGCAGGAUCAAGUCCACUCCCUGCAGGAUUAAGUUCACUUUCUGCAGGAUCAAGUCUACUCCCUGCAGGAUUAAGUUCACUCCCUGCAGGAUCAAGUUCACUCCCUGCAGGAUCAAGUUCACUUUCUGCAGGAUCAAGUGCACUCCCUGGAGGAUUAAGUUCACUCCCUGCAGGACCAAGUCCACUCCCUGCAGGAUCAAGUCCACUCCCUGCAGGAUCAAGUUCACUCCCUGCAGGACCAAGUCCACUCCCUGCAGGAUUAAGUUAACUCCCUGCAGGAUCAAGUUAAUUCCCUGCAGGAUCAAGUCCACUCCCUGCAGGAUCAAGCUCACUCCCUGCAGGACCAAGUUCAUUCCCUUCAGGAUUAAGUCCACUCCCUGCAGGAUCAAGUUCACUCCCUGCAGGAUUAAUCUUCCUUCUACGCAAGAGCGAGAAUCGCUCCUUCCUGGAGGGGCUCCUGUGUUCCAGUUACGGUUACAUCGGGUGAGGUGUGCGUGAGAUGGUGAGGUGUGCGUGGUAGGGUGAGGUGUGCGUGGGAGGGUGAGGAGU